AUGGCCGACGAAGUCAAGUGGGCCCGAUCAAGACUGGAGGGUCAGAAGGCGACAGCUGGAGUUUCCGUUCCGCGGGUGCCGCGCCGCCGCGGCCGCGGAAGCGGCUGGAGGCCUGGAAGAAGGGCAGACACGCAGCAGCCAGCCCGAAGAAGGGUUCCGAUUGCUGCUGGUGGGCCCAUCCAACUGGAUGAGGAGGUCGCUGCAGCCCGGAGCACAAAAAGGCAGCGGCUGCCCCGGAGCCGGGCGAGCUUUAUCAUGGCGAAUGGCAUCGCGCACAGAGUUGGAGGGCUGCUGCGAUUCCUCAGCCGGCGGGAUGCGCUGCUGCAAUUCCUCGGCCGGCGGUUCUUGGGCCCGUUGCGGGCGGUGUGCCGCUUUGUAGUGGUGGAUGUGGAUAGGGCAACAUCCUCCUUCAGGCUAGAGGGGAUUGCGGACACCAGUGCUGAGCAAGCCGCCGUGGCUGUUGUGGGCGGCUUGCUGCUGCGACACCUGGGCUGGCGUGGGAGGAAGCGCAUCCGGGGCGCUGUGCCGCGCAGAGGCUGCAGCGGCCCAAGAGGAGAUGUUGCAAAGCAUCUUCCAUGA